UCAGGUGUCUAGGUAGGCUAAACAUGGUCCGCGGUUCUUACACCGGCUGCGACCGUAAAAUGAAAAGCUGGAACGCCGACCGUUUUCACCGACUGCCACUGUCUAAACCAGACAUAUUACGGGAAUGGCUAAUAGCAUCAGAAGUGGACGAAACUGACAAAAAAACCUGGAGGGAUCACGACUACCGUGUGUGCAGGCAGCAGAUUUGAAGAGUUGUAUGGAGAGUACAGAAAGCAGGGGCCUAUUCUGUGACUCUGAGGACCAUUGAUAUUAAGGGGCUGGACCCCAUGACUCAAAGCCUUCACUUAGUAGCCUUCCAGUCUACACACACAUCUUUGGCUUCUCUCUCCUCUCAUCAGAAUGAGUGGUCAGCAGGAGGUGAGUGCUAUUCAGCUGCAGGAGGUGAUGCUAGAGAGCAACGGCACCCAGAAAACACAGCAGCCUGUAGAGGAAUGCAAAGAGACGGUGGGCUUCACGGUGGAGGAGGCGGUGGAGGCGAUGGGCUUCGGAAGGUUCCACAUUAUGCUGUUCAGCAUCAUGGGCAGCGCCAGUAUCAUUGAGGCUAUGGAGAUCAUGCUGUUGGCAGUGCUGUCGCCUGAGAUCCGCUGUGAAUGGAGACUGGACGACUGGCAAGUGGCUCUUGUCUCCACGAUGGUUUUCUUUGGCUUCAUGAUGUGUGGAGUCGUUUCUGGCUAUGUGGCAGACAGAUAUGGACGCUGGACUGUGGUGUUUGGGGGCUUCUUGUGGGGGGCCUACUUCUCUCUGCUGACCUCCUUCUCCCCCUCCUACGGCUGGUUCAUCUUCCUCAGGAGCAUGGUGGGCUGCGGAGUGGCGGCCAUGUCACAGGGGUUUGUGCUAAAAACCGAGUUCAUUCCAUCCAAGUACAGGGGCUUGCUCUUGCCUCUGGCUUCAAUCUUCUGGAUGGUGGGUUCCAUGUUAAUCAUCAUUAUGGGCAUGACGGUGGUGCCCACUCUGGGAUGGAGGUGGAUGAUCCGCAUAUCCAUCAUACCCAGCCUCAUACUCAUACUGCUCUUUAAGUUUAUUCCCGAGUCAGCUCGGUUCCAAGUGUCCGUGGGGAACACCAGGGGUGCCAUGGAGACGCUGCAGUGGAUCGCACGCCUCAACAACACACACCUGCCCCCGGGAGAGCUCAGGGAACCACUAGUGAAAGACAGGGGGCAGUGUUCCAUCCUGGUCAGCUCCACCUUCAGGAGAACAUCGGUACUGCUGUGGUACACAUGGUUUGUGGCUUCGUUUGCCUACUACGGCUCAGUGUUGGGCAGUUCGGAGUUGCUGGAGAAGAAUCUGCUGUGUGUGACGGACGCCGACCCGCAUGCGCAUGUCAGACACGACCAGGAGGGGGCGCCCUGCUACUGCGUCCCCUUCACACACCAGGACUACAGCACACUGCUCAUCAGCUGCCUGGGGGAGGUGGCCUUGAUUCCCCUGAACAUCGGUCUCCUGAGUGUGUUGGGCAGGAAGCAGAGCAUGGUGGUGGUGCAGGUGCUCUCCGCUGCCUUCUUCAUGCUCAUCAACAUCUGCACUACCAUGUUUGGUUUCACUAUCCUGAUGUUCCUGUUGAGGUCUGUGGUGGCCAUGAACUUCAACAUUGUCUACAUCUACACAGCAGAGGUGUACCCCACGGCAGUGCGCUCCAUAGGGCUGGGGGUCUGCACAUCCUUCAGUCGUAUUGGAGGCAUGAUAGCACCCUUCAUCGCACAGGUAUUGAUGUCUGAGUCAGUCUUGCUGGCCCUGUUGCCUUUCACUGUGACGUGUCUGCUCUGCGCCGUGGGGACCCUGUUGAUGCCCAUAGAGACCAGAGGAAGAGCACUACUGCAAAACUCCUGACAGAAGCGGAAAUGGAUAGUUUGUAUAGACAAUAUUUAUAGUGAUUUCUUUACAUUUAUUUACAUUGUUACAUUUGUAAAAUAAAAUCUUGUAUACAUCAUCACUGGUUCCCUUCUUAUUUUAGUCCAAGGACCCAGUGACUUUUAUGACACUCAAACCACAUCAUAGUCACAAGGUGCACAAGAAUGCUGCUGCAGACAGCUGCAAGUUCAACACAGUGAACUGUCCAAAAUAUGAAUAAAUUAGGCAACAAUAUUUUCUAAUCUUUGCAAAAGAAGUAUUUAUUACCAGUAAUUUUCUGUUUCUGUCUUGACACUGUAUUUUCAUUUGACCUGUAAGCUUUGGCAAC